AUGGCAUCGUCCAGAGUAGCUCAGAUUGUUUCUCACUUUUCCAAAGAUCCUAAAACUGCCCUGACACAUAAAUCCCCCGACGAUGUCGUCAUUGUUGCAGCCGUUCGCACUCCCAUGACAAGAUCCAAGAAGGGUGGGUUCAAGGAUACUCUACCCGAAGACCUUCUUGCAGCUGCCUUCAAGGGGGUAAUAGACAGGGUCCACAUCGAUCCAAAAUUGAUUGAGGAUAUUGCCGUAGGAAAUGUAUUGCCCGCUGGUGGUGGUGCAACAGUAGCUAGGGCUGCUGCCUUGUAUGCGGGAAUACCACACACCGCGGCAUUAAACACUGUCAACAGACAGUGCUCAAGUGGAUUGCAAGCUGUCGUACAGAUUGCUCAUGAAAUUGCUCUGGACCAGAUUGAGAUCGGAAUCGGUGCUGGAGUCGAAAGCAUGACUUUCGGUUACGGAGCGGGCGCAAUGCCAAGCGAAACGUCAGAACGUGUAUUCUCUAAUCCUGAAUCAGCUGAUUGCCUUCUUCCAAUGGGUCAAACUUCAGAGAAUGUGGCACGCGAAUAUGGCAUCACUCGUGCUCAGCAAGACGCAUUCUCUCUUGUCUCUCAUCAACGUGCGGCAGCUGCUCAAGCAGCUGGUUAUUUCAAUGACGAAAUUGUACCAGUGGAAACCAAAUGGACUGAUCCUAAAACACAGGAGGAGAAGACUAUUGUAGUCGAUAAGGAUGAUGGGAUUAGAAAAGAUACUUCGUUGGAGGGUUUGGCAAAAUUGAAGCCCGCCUUUGCAGCCGACGGCACGACAACUGCAGGGAGUAGUUCGCAAGUGAGUGAUGGAGCUGCAGCUGUAUUGUUGAUGAAGAGGAAGACAGCCGAAAAGCUGAAGUUACCCGUAUUGGGUAAAUUCGUACGCGGAGUGUGUGUUGGUGUUCCUCCACGGGUUAUGGGUAUUGGACCCGCAUAUGCUAUUCCUAAAUUACUCGAACAGACCGGGUUGAAGAUCGAUGAUAUCGAUAUUUAUGAGAUAAACGAGGCUUUUGCGUCUCAGGCGGUGUAUUGUGUCGAAAAGUUGGGAAUAGACAAAAGUAAGGUUAACCCUAAGGGUGGAGCCAUUGCCAUAGGACAUCCGCUUGGAUGCACAGGCGCCAGGCAGAUUUCCACGCUUUUGUAUGAAUUGAGGAGGACUGGGAAAAAAUUUGGUGUUACUUCCAUGUGUGUAGGAAGUGGUAUGGGAUAUGCGGCGUUGUUUGUUGCUGAAUAA